CGAUCUCUUCUUUUGAUCUUCGUUCACUACGAUUCUCUCCUACUAAUCUCCUUCUACGAUUGUCCCUCUCGAUUCCCCCUUUUCCAAUUCUCCUUAGUCGAAAAUUUGAGAGUAGAGCACUGAGCAGGCUUCUUCUAAUCUUUCUUAUUCUGAUGCUCUUCAGUUACCCUUCCUGAUUCUCCCCCAAUUGAAACCCUAAUUAGUGAGAAGAGUACUGAUUUUGAGAGGAGCAUGCAAUCAAUUGAUGAGAAUAUGAUAGCAUCUGCUGCGGGCUGGGGAGAUUUGGAAGGUAACCUUUUACUAAAAAUAUUUAAACAGCUAACUCGAGAAGAUUUGAUAUCAGCAACCUGGUUCGUUUGUGGGUGGUGGAGGUCAGUUUCUUCGGCAAUUUUGUUCUGGAAGGAUGAAUCCACACUUGAGCUAAGAACUGAUGUAAAACAUUUAAGCAGAUCCAGAAAUCUGGAUCCUUCCCAGAGAUUGAAAGAAGCACUAAAAUGCGUCAUGGAUUGCUUUCCCACGAGCAGCAGUAGUCACAAAGGUGCUGCUGUUAGGACCAUACUGUUUUCACGCGCUAUGUUUUUACUAGACAUGCAUAUAAAUCUGGUUGCCAAGAAGUCCCCAAAGCUCAGGAAGCUUAUACUUCCAAAAGCAUAUACCGUGACAGUGCCUGGGCUUUGUAGAGCAAUACGCAAGUGGGAGGAACUUGAAGAGCUGUCAAUUGGACCGGUUAGGAACCUUAACGCACCUUCUUUCUUUCGAGUGUUGGGCAAAACAUGCAGGAACUUGACCAUAUUAACUUUAUCUAGCUACUGCACUGACUCAAGUAUGUACUUUAGACUGGACGAGAUCAACUCUUUAUCUUUAUCAAGGUGUGUUCCGCAGCUUAGGAUGUUGAGCAUGGACAAGAUGCCCAUAUUCAGGAGGGGUGUUUGCAUAAUCUUGCAGAAGUGCAAGAAUCUUGAGAAGCUUAAUUUAUCUAAGUGUGGCAGAAUGUUCUACGACUAUCCAUCUAUUUAUGGUCCUGGAUUGGGAAAACUUUAUGGGAAGGAAAUUUCAGUAGAGAUUAAAAGGGAUAAAGGCUAUCAAAGCAUGAGAUGGUUUAUAGAUACUUUGGAUGAGAGUUAUACUCCAAAAAGGGGGGUAAAAUGCUUAUGGAGUAUAGGUAAAGAAGCUUUCUUUGCGCAUAAACCCCCUGGAAGCCCUUCAAUUGAUUGUUCUUGAAACCCUUAAGCUCCUCAACAUACUUUAUAUUAUUGUUAUAAUUAGACUAAAAUACAAUAUUUGAUUACAU